AUGGCGCACCACAUCUUCACACGGCGAGCAGGGGACGAUUCGGCGGCACCUGCAGCCCAAGUCCCCAGGCGGGUUCUACAGCGCCGGAGCAACCCCGCAUACAAGCACACCGGCGGCCACAGAGCCCCACAGACGGCCGCCGUCGCCAUCGCCGCCGCCGCUUCUGCUAACAACACCACCACAACAACGACGACGACAUGGGACCAGGCAGAAGAAGCCGGAUACACAGCGUCGAUGAGCACAGCAACGCAAAGGCGGCAGUCACAACAACUGCAGCACCAGCACUCGUCGCCGGCGCCAGAGGCCGAACCGUGCCUCGUCCCGACGGCGUCGCUGUCCCUGUCCCUGUCGCCGUCCGGAUCGCCCGCACCGUCCGUCUUUAGCAGCACGAGCGGCGGCGGUGGCGGUGGGUUCGACUCGCUCCUCGCGCACCACAUGACGGGUGAGCGGCGGAGGGGUGGUGGUGGUGGUGGUGGCGGCGGCGGUGGCGGAGGGGCAGAGUACGGAUCGCCGCCUCGGCUUUGGAUGCUGGGGCGGAACGGGUCGGGCUGGGGCGGUUCCGGGGCGGAGUUUGGGGGGCAGCAGAGGCCGAUGAGGAAGCUGGUCAAGGAGCCUGGCACGGGAGGGUCGGGGAGGCCGUCGUUUUCGCUCGAGAUCCCGGGCGAGGAUGGUGAUGGGAGGAGGAGGGGUGGUAGGCCGAGGGCGGCGACGGGUGGUGCCGAGAUGAGCGUCUCGGAUGAUGAAAGGGGUGGUGCGGGUGGUUUGAUGAGGAGGAGGGUUGUUGAUCGCCUGUUUGGGCUGUACCGGCGAGGGGAUAGGUGA